AAGGAAGCUGCAAAUGCUGUAGCGCUACAUAAAAUUCAUGAACCCUUUGAUUUUAAUAAACAUUGUAAUGGAACCGAUAAUAAUCUAAAUUCCAAACGUAGAAAAGUCAAAGAUCUUUGCAUUCAACUAGUAUGUCAUUUUGAUAAGUUAAGUCAACCGGGUGAUUCCGAACGUAAUAAUUACUACAAUUAA